AAUACUAAACUUCGAUUCCAUUACUUCUCUCUCCCUCUCUCCUUUUGUUUAUGUUUCUCUCUCUAGAAUGGAAGCCACUCAAGAAUAUUGUUACAGUUCAUACAUGACCGAUUCAAGAAACAUGAUCAACAAGGGAAAAAGAACUAAACGUCCAAGACCCUCUUCUCCUCUAGCUUUAACCAUGGCCUCCACCUCUUCCACCACCACUAGUGAAGAUGGUGACACAGAAAACCCUACUAAUAGCACCUUCCACAUGCCAACCAAUACUUCCAUUGAAUUCACAAAGAUUCUCCAAGAACACGAGGAAGAAGAUAUGGCCAACUGCUUAAUUCUUCUGGCUCAGGGCCAGUCUUCCCUGCCACCCCCACUGCACAACGAAAGUGCAGUGGAGGUGGCGAGGAAGUCACAGUUUUAUCUUUAUGAAUGUAAAACAUGCUACCGCGGGUUUUCGUCCUUUCAAGCCCUUGGUGGUCAUAGGGCUAGUCACAAGAAACCCUUUAAGCCUAAUGUGGAAGAUAAAAGUAGGCUAAGUAUGGCCAAACAAGAUGUGGAUGUUGAUCUUAGUUCUACAACGUUAUCUCUACAAAUUGGUUCGAACCAGGUGACUCCUUGUAACCCUAGUGGCUCGGUCAAGGUAACCAAGAUUCAUAUAUGUUCGAUAUGUGGUGCUGAAUUUGGUUCUGGUCAGGCACUAGGUGGUCAUAUGAGGCGACAUAGGUCCAUGUCCAUGGCUACAACCAAUUGUAGUGGUUCGAAUGGGUGUCAAGAAUCCAAGAAACCGAAAAGUGUACUAUCGUUGGACUUGAAUCUUCCGGCUCCGAUUGAAGAUGAUCAGAGGGAAAAGAAAUUCCCGUUUCGAUCGAGAGAUCAAAUGAUCACAUUCUCGAAUUCUUCUCUUGUGCAUUGUCAUUUCUAAAUUCAGACAUGUACCAUUUACGAUUUGUUAUUAUGUAAAGUGAUUCUUUGAAAUUCUUUUAGUUUGUUAAUAGAAUUGAUGAUUUGCAUGGUUGCAUUCUUUGAAGAUUAA